UCACACAGUGUGCAUUCAAGGAAGUGGUAGAAGCUGCAGCAGUUGUGGAGUGACAGAAUACUAAGGGAACACAGCACAUUGAGUGAACACUCACCUGGGUCAGCCAGCACAGUCAGCAUCCACCUGUCAUGAGAUUGAACAGUAAAUUCUAAACAUGGAAUCAGGAGCCAGUAACCAAGAAACCACACCAGCGCCAAUCUCCCCAAAGUUGCAGUUUGUUCCUUUCUCAAGUGCUCUAGAUGCCGGUUUUUGGCAUGAAUUAACUCAGAAAAAACUCAAUGUUUAUCGAUUAGAUGAAAGCGCCAAAGAUAUAAGGGGUUACUACUAUAAUGGUGAUCCGGUGGGGCUGCCAACGCGUCUAACUUUAGAGUUCAGUGCCUUUGAUGUUAACGCCUCCACACCAGCGCGGUGCUGUCCAGUGCUCGGAUCCCUGUAUAAUACAAACACCUUGGAAUCCUUUAAAUCAUGUGAUAAGAAAGCUCUGCUUGAACAAGCCGCUAAUGAGAUCUGGAAUGCAAUUAAAUCUGGUGCAGCCCUUGAUGAUCCAGCAUGCCUAAAUAAAUUCCUGCUAUUAACGUUUUCAGAUUUAAAGAAAUAUCGGUUUUAUUACUGGUUUUGCUUUCCUGCACUUUGCUUUCCUGAAGGAGUCUGUCUGAUGAAGCAGCCAGUGUUGCUGGGGGAAAGGUUUUCGGACACUCAGAUUCAAGCUUUUCAGAAUGUCUACGAUGAUUUUCUACAGACAGAAGGCUCCAGUGUCCAACCGUACUUUCUAAUUCGAUAUACUGAGGAUUCGUUUUCUAUGGCCCCUCUAAGGAAAUUUGAAGAAUUCUGUAAAGAUCAAAAAAAGGUCACUUUUGGAUUCUACGACCCGUGCACGCUGCCCCAGUAUCCUGGCUGGCCACUGCGGAAUUUGCUGGUGUUGGCAGCUUAUCAUUGGUGGAGCCUUGUUGAAUCUGUGGAAGUUAUCGGUGUUCGUGACCGCACAUUGCAAGGCGAGAGGGAUAUGGCACACAGCAUCAUCUUUGAAAUUAAACUCCCCAAGUUGACACUUAACCAAGCCUGCCCAAAAGCAGUAGGAUGGGAGAAAAACCAAAAAGGGGUUAUGGGUCCCAGAAUGGUGAACCUGAGCGAAUGCAUGGAUCCAAAAAGGUUAGCAGAAUCAUCAGUGGAUCUUAACCUGAAACUUAUGCGCUGGCGACUAGUCCCUACACUGGACUUGGAGAAGGUGAUAUCUUCAAAGUGUUUACUGUUGGGAGCGGGUACUCUUGGAUGCAAUGUAGCUCGGACACUGAUGGGUUGGGGUGUGCGACAUAUCACAUUUGUGGACAAUGCCAAAAUCUCUUAUUCGAACCCCGUCCGGCAGCCUCUUUAUGAAUUCGAAGAUUGCCUGGGCGGAGAAACAUCAAAAGCUCUGGCAGCUGCUGCAAAACUUUUAAAGAUAUUUCCUGGCGUGGUUUCAAAAGGAUAUAACAUGAGCAUCCCUAUGCCAGGACAUCCUGUGAAUUUUUCCGAAGACACAUUGCUCCAAGCACAGACAGAUGUUGAGAAGCUUCAGAAGCUUAUUGGGGAACAUGAUGUGAUAUUCCUUCUGAUGGACACCAGAGAGAGCCGCUGGCUCCCGACAGUCAUUGCAGCCAGUCAGAGGAAGUUGGUCAUCAAUGCUGCUCUGGGAUUUGACACUUUUGUGGUAAUGAGACAUGGACUUAAGAAGCCAGAAGAGGUGGAUGACUCUCGUUCAGCAACCGCAAGCUCUUCUGAACUUCUCGGAUCUUCUCUUUUCUCCAACAUCCCUGGAUGCAAGUUGGGCUGUUAUUUCUGUAAUGAUGUGGUAGCCCCAGGAGAUUCCACUAGAGAUCGUACUCUGGAUCAGCAGUGCACUGUGAGUCGACCUGGGUUAUCUAUGAUUGCAGGAGCCUUGGCGGUGGAGCUAAUGGUGUCUGUCAUCCAGCAUCCCGAGGGUGGUUAUGCAGUUGCUAGCAGCAGUGAUGAUCGUAUGAAUGAGCCUCCAACGUCCCUCGGACUCGUUCCACAUCAGAUACGAGGAUUUUUAUCCAGGUUUGACAAUGUUUUGCCAGUCAGCCUAGCAUUUGAUAAGUGCACAGCCUGUUCAGUAAAGGUUAUUGAGCAAUAUGAGAAAGAUGGGUUCCAGUUUUUGAGCAACGUUUUUAAUUCUUCACAUUCUUUCCUGGAAGAUUUAACUGGCCUCACACUUCUCCAUCAGGAGACACAGGCCGCAGAGAUUUGGGACAUGAGCGAUGAUGAAGUCAUCUGAAAAUGAAUAAACGAAAACAGAAAAAGUUACCAAGAUCCUCUGCCGCAUCCUUUAUAACAGGAAACACCAACCAGUCUAGAUCCUCAUUAACCUUCCAAAACCAAAUAUAUAUAUUUUUAUGACUACAAAAUAAUUGUUGCAAUAACUUGUGUGUGUGUGCAUGGUUUCAUUUUCCAGAUAUCAUACUGCUUUCUCAGUAAUUCCAUGGGGACUUAUGACCAUCAUCUGAAGCUCAUCAUUACAAGCCUUAUGGAUGUAUGAACUGUCCUUGUCAUUUAGAGUUAGCUCGGCUCUAGAAUAGGAAAGACAUUUCAUGCUGGCAUGGGGUCUGUAAGAACUUAAUUGUAAUAAUAGCAUUCAGUGAUUUUGGUGCUUGAGGGCAUUUAAAUCGUAAAUUAUAUCUUUAUGAGGAUAUGAUUACUCUGCAUAAAAUGAUUUCCUUAUAUGGAAAUGAAUGCUAUGAAUAUAUGAAAUGAAAAGAAAUCUUGUUAUAUUUUUAGAUUUUGACAUUAAACACCUGUUUACCUGGGCUGGGACCACACUAGCCUAUAAAUGAAUAUUAAUGUUUAAAUAAAUAUCUGUCUAUCUAAUAUAAUAUAUUCUAUCAUAUCUAUCUAUCUCAGACAUUUAUUUAUCUUGACCCAGAGAGAUAAGCAGUGUUGCAUCUCAGAUAUAUAUUGAUGCUAUAAUCAAAAUUAUAUGGCCUGAGAUUGAAAAAUGUUGAUUGAAAAGUGGCACACGAUAGUCUUUCUAAAGCAUUCUAGUAUGUAAGAAUUGUUAUUACAGACACAUAUCCCUGCAAUAAGUUUUAU